AUGGCUUUUCAUCAAUAUUAUUUAUCACUUAUCAGAGCAGAGGCGCGCAUCAACGUGAGCUCUCACACUGAACAAAUGCUAACACGCCGACUUCCGUCUACGGCGGCUGCUUUCUCUCGCCGCUGGGCCGGACUCCCGAACUUGGGCCGGACUCCGACGUCUCUCCAGUCACUCCCUCUUUCCCCUAAUAAACUCACCCUAACUGCUUUCUGUUCCACUUCUCAAACCGACUCAUUCCCCCAGCCCUCCUCAAAACAAGGCGCUCUCAUUUCCGGUUUAUACUUGGUCGGAACUCCGAUCGGAAACCUUGAAGAUAUCACCUUCCGGGCUCUCCGUGUACUGAAAUCAGCUCAUGUGAUACUUUCCGAGGACACUAGGCAUUCCGGGAAGUUGCUCCAUCACUACAAUAUCAAGACUCCUCUGCUGAGCUAUCACAAGUUCAAUGAAGCGCAGAGGGAGCAGACGGUGUUGAAGAGGUUGAAGGAAGGUGAAAUCGUCGCGCUUAUAAGCGAUGCUGGUAUGCCAGGCAUUAGUGAUCCUGGUGCCGAACUGGCAAAACUUUGUGCGAAUGAGAAUAUUCCUGUUAUUCCUAUACCUGGGCCGUGUGCUUUCGUGGCUGCUCUCUCUGCCUCAGGCCUGUCUACUGAUGAGUUUACUUUCGUUGGAUUCCUCUCUAAGCAUUCUGGAACUAGGAAAGAGAGGCUUGCACUUUCUGCAAGUGAGGCAACAACACAGAUAUUUUAUGUUCCUCCCCACAAGCUUCUUCAGUUUCUUGAAGAGACUUCUUCACUUUUUGGUGUUACAAGACGAUGCGUAAUAGCUCGUGAACUGACAAAAAUUCACGAAGAGUUUUGGCGGGGCACGUUGGGAGAAGCAGAACAAUGGUUUAUAACUCACCAGCCAAGAGGUGAAAUUACUGUAUUAAUUGAAGGAAAGGAAGAUACUCCAGUUGAAACUCCAUCUGAAUCUCAGCUUGAGAAUGAGUUGAGAGAAUUGAUCUCUAACGGGCACAGUCUUUCUACGGCUGUGAAAUUAGUAGCUGAUGGAACAUCGGUGAAGAGGAAAACGAUAUAUUCAAUUGCAUUGAGAAAAUUCGGAAAGCAACAACUUGUUUCAGAUAGUGAUUCUUCAGAUCCAUUGAAGCCACAUCAAGAGUGACCUCAGUUGCUUCCUGGUGUAAAAGUACAAUCUGCUGAGCGAACAACUGACUUGUAUGUCUGGUUUGCUUUACAUUGUUACCCCUUUCAGUAUGUUCCCAGAUUACAGGUGCUGCUUAAAGCAGAGAGAUGUAGUAGAGACUAGUAGUGUCACUGUUUUACUGAAUGAUGUCUCUAAUUGAUUACAACACAGUUCAAAUAUUUUUACAU